AUGACGGCCGACGCAACCGCCACAACGCCUCCUCAGGGAGGCAAGAUGAACGAUGCCCAGAUUUCCAUCGACGACAUCGAGCUUCAGGCACAGGGAUACACGAGGGCUAUGCCCCGACGGUUCUCCCUGCUGUCGCUGAUGUCCAUGUCGUACGCCCUCCUGGCGACCUGGAACGGGUUCGGAAGCGCCUUUGGAACUGGAUUCAUUGAAGCCUCAUCGGCCGGGUCCAUUUGGACUCUGACCAUCGCCGCAGCCAUGACUGCCGUGACAGGAAUCGGGAUGGCCGAGUUGUCCUCUGCCUAUCCCGUCGCAGGAGCGCAGUACUACUGGUCCUUUGUGGUGUCGACUCCCGAGUGGGCCCCGUUCGCUUCCUACAUGUCCGCAGGCAUUAGCACGCUCGGUUGGUGGCUUGGUCUUGCCAGUGUGACGAACUUCAUCUCCGCCAUGAUCCUCGGUAUCGCUCAGCUCAACCACCCGGAUUAUGUCAUCGAGAGAUGGCAUAUCUACCUGGUGUUUGUUAUUGUGACUUGGGCCGCGAUUGGCAUGAACGUCUUCUUUACCAAGUGGUUGCCAGCGUGGAACAAGUUUAUCUUGUAUUUCUCUGCUACGACAAUGGUCGUGACCAUGAUCACAAUCCUUGCGUGUGCUGCUCCAAAUUACCAGCCUGCAAGUUUCGUCUUCGGAGACACGACCAAUUCGACAGGCUGGUCAAACGACGGUCUUGCUUUCUUGUUGUGCACGGUGAAUGCGCUGUACGGUUUCCUCGGCGUUGAUUGCGGUGCACAUCUCUGCGAGGAAAUUCCCAACCCAACAGUCAAUGUGCCCAAAGUCAUCAUGUACCCUGUUUUAAUGGGAUUCGUAACUGCGUUCCCCUUUGCGAUUUCGCUAUCUUUCGUCAUCACCGACUUUGAACGUGUAAUUACCACCCCUACUGGACUUCCUCUCAUCGAGGUCUAUUAUCAAGCCACAGGCAGCAAAGCCGGCACAACUAUUCUCAUGCUCGCGUUCGCCCUUUGUUUCUUCGGAUGUGCCACGGCCAACAUCACCAGCUCAAGUCGGCAGAUGUGGUCUGCUUCCAGAGAUAAUUGCUUUCCUCUGUCGAGGUACUGGAAACAGGUACAUCCGCGCUGGCAAAUGCCACUGAAUGCUGCGUGCUUGUCCGGAACCCUCGUGACGCUCUAUGGGCUGAUCUUUAUCGGCUCCUCUGCCGCAUUCGCGUCAAUGGUCGGAGCCUGCAUCGUCUUCAUGACAACCUCGUAUGUUCUGCCCCAGGGUAUUCUAGCCUGGCGUGGUCGGGACAAGAUCUUGCCUCCAAGAUCUUUGGACCUGGGAAAGUUCGGGUUGCCGUUAAAUGUGUUGGCCUGUGUGUGGGUCGUUUUCAUCGACAUCAUCUACUGCAUCCCUACUUCGUAUCCGGUCACCACAACGAACAUGAAUUGGAUAAGCGUGGUCACUGUUGGUCUUGUUACUUUCCUCCUCGUUGCGUGGUACGUCAGCCAGAGGCAUGUUUUCAAGGGGCCCAACAUCAACUUUGAGAUGCUUCAAGCCGCUCGUCAAGAUGAGCUUGCUGGCCAUCGAACCAUUGAGGGCUUGGCUGUUGGGGCUGGAGACGAUGCUAUUAUCGAGGCUCUCCGAAAUCACUCAGUGGCGUCUGGAAAGAAAGACUGA